CGGCGGGGCGCGCUCCGCGCGACAAGGCCGCUGGUUGGCCAGCGCUAGUCACAUGGUUCCGAGUAGCAGGAGGUCUGCCCCGCUGCGACGUCAACGCAGCCGGCUAAGCUCCCCUGACUUGUAUACCUUGGCCCGGCCCGGCUGAGUCCUCCGAGGGCCCGGGUCGGGCGUUUUGGUGGGUACUUGUGCAGCCGCCAUGGACAACUCCGGGAAGGAAGCAGAGGCGAUGGCGCUGCUGGCCGAGGCCGAGCGCAAAGUGAAGAACUCUCAGUCCUUCUUCUCGGGCCUCUUUGGAGGCUCAUCCAAAAUAGAGGAAGCCUGCGAAAUCUACGCCAGAGCAGCAAACAUGUUCAAAAUGGCCAAAAACUGGAGCGCUGCCGGAAAUGCUUUCUGCCAGGCGGCCCAGCUGCACCUGCAGCUCCAGAGCAAGCACGACGCAGCCACCUGCUUUGUGGACGCCGGCAACGCGUUCAAGAAAGCCGACCCCCAAGAGGCCAUUAACUGUCUGAUGAGAGCGAUCGAGAUCUACACAGACAUGGGCCGGUUCACCAUCGCGGCCAAGCACCACAUCUCCAUCGCGGAGAUCUACGAGACGGAGCUGGUGGACAUCGAGAAGGCCAUCGCCCACUACGAGCAGUCCGCAGACUACUACAAGGGCGAGGAGUCCAACAGCUCGGCCAACAAGUGUCUGCUGAAGGUGGCCGGCUACGCCGCGCAGCUGGAGCAGUAUCAGAAGGCCAUUGACAUCUACGAGCAGGUGGGGACCAACGCGAUGGACAGCCCCCUCCUCAAGUACAGCGCCAAGGACUACUUCUUCAAAGCAGCCCUCUGCCACUUCUGCAUCGACAUGCUCAAUGCCAAGCUUGCUGUCCAGAAGUAUGAGGAGCUGUUCCCUGCUUUCUCCGACUCCCGGGAGUACAAGCUGAUGAAAAAAUUGCUAGAAGCCCACGAAGAGCAGAACGUGGACAGCUACACCGAGGCGGUGAAGGAGUAUGACUCCAUCUCCCGGCUGGACCAGUGGCUGACCACCAUGUUGCUGCGCAUCAAGAAGACCAUCCAGGGCGACGAAGAGGACCUCCGCUAAGUCCCGCCCGUGCCAGGGCCCUCUUCCCACCCUCUGCUCUCCCGGUAGCCCCUCCAGUGUGAGCCCUGAGAGAGGUGGCCCCAGAUCUGGUCUGGGGCCUUCCCUCCCUCCCCCCAGGCGUCUCACAGGCCACGAUGUAGGCUCCACACCCUGCCUGCUGGCUGGGGACAGCCACCCUCUGUUCUCGCUGCACCCCUCCCCCUGCCCAUUUAUUUAAGCCC